AUGAAGUCUGCCAAUUUCACCGAAACCUCAGUCAACUCAUCCAUGACCUCGUUCAGUUCUGAUGGGGACGCAAAGGUGAUUUAUGGCUCAAGUUGUAGCAGUGCAGACUCAGGUGUUGAGAUGGGGCCAGCCACAGUCAUCCUAGACCAGGACAUGCAGACAUAUGCUGUCGGAGAUGUCACUGACAGUUUAUAUGAGACACUUGAUGACUUUUCUCCUGAGGAAAAAAUCUGCGGAAAACCAAAGCCUGAUUCUGUCAUCAAGGAACCUCCGGCAGCAAGAUCUCGAUCAGUGACUGCUGAGAAAAAGUCACCAUAUCAUGCUACCACCUUGUUGAGCAAGGCAGACGUGAAGAAGAGCACCAUCUGUCCCCCACAGAGCACCAGCCUAGAUGAUGAUGAUCCCAACAGUUUUUGCAUCUCAUUCGGUGAUAGCUCCACUCUAGAGGGUCUCAACUCAAUGUCCUUAUUGAAUGAUGUACUUCGAGACUGUGGCAGCAUGAAUGACUACUCCGCCAAAGACUUUGAGUCUAAAGAUCCCAGAAGAGAAACCACGAAGGUGAAGAAAUCAUCAGACUUUGAAACCAGAAUGGCAACAGUUGCCGCAACUUUGGAUUUAACCAAACAGCAGCGAUCAAAACGGCAGAUUCCACGGCCGCCUGUUUCUCCUCCCCCAGAACCAGUGUUAUCCCAGGUUGUGUCUCCUAAGAAAGUCAGCCGAACAGACUCAGUCAUCACCACAGUAUCAGUAGUGGGAAAACCAGGCGUUGGCUUGACCUCCCAACAAGAAGAUUCUGUCAAACAUAUCCAACCAACUACAGCUGCCGGUGGAGUAGAAGAUGCUGGAACAUUUCCUGAGAACACUGAUAGCCUGAACUCUCCAACUGUUGCUGAAAGUAAGCAGAAAAAAGGCUUAUCUUCAUUCUUCAGAAAUAUCUUAAGGAAAGGAAAAGGAUCAUCAGAGAAUUUAGAAGCAAUGAACUCAGAAUCACAGCUGGGUUCCAGACUGGAGAGGAAGAGUUCCAGUGUUUUUGGGAGUGUUGAGGAAACAGAGGAAGACCCAGCAUCAUCAUCUGUUGAUGGAAGUCAGCUGCUUCAUUUGGGUCCUCAAGGGAAAUGUGUAUUCACCCCGCCAACAUCACCUGCACCUCAGCAACGUUGUGAAAUCUCGGGUAGUAGAGGCGGCGAGGCCAGCAUUAAUGGUAACAAUGGAACUGUGAAAGGUGAGGUUGAAGUUCAUCUGUCUCCGCAGUCAACAGCAUCCUCAGAUGGCAUCUCAGCUUCCCUGACAACUGCUGCAGCCAGUCCUCCUAUCCAGCGUAAGAUCAGUAAAGGGCUUGCUAGUCCCAAGAUGAUGCUGAAGAGAGCCACAGCCAAGUUUUCCCCGCCGACGUGUCGUCAAACCGGCAGCAAAUCACAAGAUAAAGAACAAGAAAAAACUGCACUAGCAUCAUCAUCAUCAUCAGCCAAACCAAAUCCAGCUCCCAAACCUGCUGUUCCACCUCCAGUGAAGCCUGCUGCAAGCACUGAUGCUCCACCACCGGCUGCAGCAGGCAAUGCUAAAGAUGCAGACAGUGCUGCCAAAGACAAGGAGUCCUCUCCUACACCCAGUAUUGUCCGAAGGCGAGCUGCAAGUCCCAAGCGUGCGGUGCCACCGGUGCCUCCCACCAGGACAUCCAUUGUGACUGUUUUUCUCUUUUCCUAUCUAGGAUUCAUAGAUGGAGCAUCCUUGACCAAGUACGAUCCUGCACGUGAACCUGCACGACGGUCAAUGCCAGUACCUCCAUCACCUCCCUGUGACAGGAAGGAAAGGUCAGGAGCUGUGUCACCGUCUGUUUCUCCUAUCCCUGACACAGAAAACUCAUUCCCGUCAUCGCCAGCCUCGCCCACUGCAGCCAUAUUUGACUUCCCUAGUGUGGAGUGGUCAGGUGGAUCUUCAUCAACCAUUGACGACGACCUGCCAAAGUUCAGUGAAAAAAUUGAACUGCCAACUGUAGCCACACAAAGUCGUAAAGGAUUUCUUGGCAAACUGGGAGGAAACCGCAAAAUGAAAACUCUGCAGCCUGCACCAGUUAAACGAGCUAAAUCUAUCACAGAGUCAUCUACCUUACCCAGGGGAGAUAAGAAAGGCAAGAAGAUUAAUGUAGCUGAUAUCUCUGGACCAGUGAUGGUGACAGACAUCACAAACUCCAGAGUGCUGGGCAGUCGGAGAAAUACCAUUUCUCUGGGAAGUGAUCCUGCUUUUGCUAUCACCUCCUCAGCUUCCAUAGACAAGAGCAGCUUCGAUGAGUUUGACAUUCCAAUGCUGUCACCUCUGGGAUCCCUGGAGAAUCUGUACGAAUCAAUCCUGCCAAAACCUGAGGGCAGCUUCUUCCACUAUUACGACCCUCCGACUGUCCCCAAGAUGUUGUGUCCGAACAUCCCCGCUGACGGAUAUCUGGAGCCAGUCCCACCAUUGUCAUCUACCACAGCAGUAUCAACAUCAUUGACUUCAGGACUUUCAUCCUCGAUGGUGACUGCUGCAAGUCUACAGACAUCAUCGUCAUCGUUAUUAACUUCUACAACAGCUGCCAAUUUGUCCAUCAACAAGUCUCCCUUAAAAUCCAAAACAUCUGUCAGUAGAUUUGACAGGUCGGUCACCACCCUGCCACGGUGCACUUCUGUGGGCUUGCCUGCAGGGUUGGGGCCAGGUUUUGUGGAGCCAGAGAUGACAGAGCAUAGACGGACGCUUUUGGCAUCUCAACCAAUUUAUGAAGAGAUUCCCAAUGGAGGAGGUGACGUGAAAGCCGGCUAUGAAGACAACUCCAUUAGCUCUAAACAGGGAAAAAGACAAACUAAAGGCGCAGGGUUGAAGGUAGAUGUGACUUCAAAAAAAGUAACUAGUUCUGAAAACAUUUUAGCUGUACAAAAAGCAUUGCUUCAGGCUGUGGGAUCUUCGGCAGAUAAAAGCAAGACCGGCUUUUCCUGGAUGCAGCAGUCACAUGUGGCCGAGUCAGCGAGUUCAGGAUCGUUGUCCCCGACCCCAGCUGGUUUCCCCACACCUAAGGUGGCAACCUCACCUUCUCACGUUCCAUCUAAGUAUAACCAGGCUACAACUUCAGUAUCACUGUCAUUGUCCACUUCCAUGACGUCAUCUCAGAUUAUGUCGGUGUCAUCCAUCAUGACGACUUCCUUGACGUCAAGCAUGUUGCCUCCACCCCCACCACCACCAGACCACUUGCCAGCACCACAUCCUUCAACCAGCAGAUCCGCAUCCCGGGAGACAGUGUCCUCAGAGUCCGAUGCCCAGUCCACCUGCAGCACAUUCUCCAGGCCUAGACCUGCCCCCAGAGUGAAACCCAGGAGACCUUACACUGGGUCUGGCGAUCAGUACAUCUCCAUGAACAGACCAAAUACUCAGGUAUCUCUCAGUGAGGACAGGCUGCGGGAUGUCUUCACCAAGCUGACCAACAUCACAUUCCACGCCCUGCAGGACAUCUAUGCCCAGUGUGAGCGCCUCCUGUCUGUGGACCGGCUCAACAUUGCAGCCUCCAAACUGUUGAAGUGGUCAGACUUUGACAUCUAUGGCCAGCCCCUGCAUGCCUCGGGACGAUGUGUGGUCUACAAUGCCAAGCUGCGCUCUAACAGCUGUCCAUGUCAUGUACCAGCCACAGAGAUGUGCUCCACCUGUCACCCCAGCCUACUGCGACCCUCUGCUGUGUUUGCAGACACCAUCCCCUUUUCCUACCUGACCCCAGACUUUAUUAAAACCUCCCAGUUGCUGCAGAACUCUGUCUAUGACUCCAGCCAGGCCAAGUGCUUUGUGGCUGUCGGUGAGUACACCUGGCUCCUGGAAGGGGGGUG